AUGAAUAACAACUCAAUCCCUCUCAAAGAGCCAAAGAAAAGAAGCUCUUUUAUAGACAUGAUAGAGCAAGCCCCGCCUUCAGCGUUUAGAAAUUGUUAUCGUACUCCUGAAAGAAAUCCUUGCUAUAAUCCUUUCUCUGAGAAGAAGCCAGCACCCUUUACUUAUUAUCACUCAACAAGAAGAGCCUCUGCAAAUUUUGGUCACAAGUCAAGCCUCGUCUUCCGAAGAGAUCAUAGAAAUGGUAGCCAGAUAAUUGAUCCAGCACAUCAAAGAGAACUCCAGCUACAUUGUGCAAAACUCGGGAGUAAGUUCCUCUUACCCACAGAAAAUUGAGAUAUGAGGUCCAAUUAUUCAGGCGCGAUUACUAAGGAGCCUCAUGAAGUGUUUUACUCGAAGAUGCACAGAGGAAAUCAGAACUCUGAAUUUGGAAGAAGACUCUCAUUGAUAAGCAUCCAGAGGGAUAGUUUUAGGCUAGAUCCUCCUUCUAGCCCUAUGGGACAAUCCCAAAUGAGCGCAUGCUUCAACCCAGAAUAUAUAAGGAAGGUUGCUGAGUCUACUCCUCCUCCUGUUGCUCCUGAACACAGACAAGUCUCUCCCUUUAACCCCUCUCAAGAAUAUGAAGAUACUAAAUUAAAGUUCGAAAUCGAGCCAAGUGACACUCUCAGAAAUGUCAAACCUAUGCUUUCCAUACCUGAAAUCGACGAAGAGAAGCCUCUACAUAUGCCUAAAAAGAAGAAACCAAAGAAGAAGGCCAAGAAUCAAAAAAGGAAGUCAACUAAGAAGUCCCUGAAGCCUUCUGCUUCCAAGAAGAUCAACGAAUGGCUCAUCACUCUAAAGAAAGAUUCUAAAAGAGUUUAUGAUUGCUUCAUCUCAGAACAAAAGAGUAGCUGUAAACUAGAAGAGUCCUUAGAAGAACCUGUAGAAGAGAAGAAGAUACACAAGCUUCCGAAGAUAGAAAUCUCAGACUUGAAGGAAGAGACGCCAUCCUUAAAUGAGGUAUCCGAAGAACUUAAUAAACAGAAUGAAGAAGAUCUCAAGCCAAAAGAAGUAUCUAACGAAGAUUCUAAGAAUGAUCUUACUGAAAUCUCUGAAAAUGCUACGAAGAAGCUAACCGAGAAAAUAACCUCUAAGAAAAGCACGAAAGCUUCACAGCAAAAAGUUCAAGUUAGGAAGUCGUCAGGUACUGUCUUAGAAACUGAGAAGAAUAACAGAAGAUGAGUUGACUGAGGGAAGUACUUCUCAUCCCAAGGAUUAGGAGGUCAUCGUGCCAAAGCCCAUAAGGGUAAAAACCCUGGCUACAGAGAUAAGAUUUUGAUCCGAAAGAAGAAUGAGGAUAAGAGGAUAUUGCUAAGACUAGCUCAGUACUAUUACUACAAGAAGUACUCUAACAUUCAUAUUCAUCCAAAAGAUAUCAAUCGCUCUGUUUUAAUGAAGCUGAAGAAUGAGAUCCAUGAAGACGAACAUCUCAAGCAUAGUUUGCUUGAGGAUGAUUACACAGAUUUCUUAAAGCUCAAGAAGGCUAACCAUAGAAACUCUGAAAAGAACUCUGACUCUUGUUAAGAUAUUUAGGUGAGACUUAGUCUAUUAGAAAGCCAUCUCACUGAUUUGCUGCCAGAUUAACUAACAU